GCUCCAGGCGCGAGCGGCCGCAGCGCCUCGCCAGCGGGACCUGAAGCGCAUCCAUAUUAGCCGUCCGAGCGCAGGAAUCCGGCCCGACCCGCGCCGCCGAGUUUAUUUUUAACCAGCACCGCGGGGCCUCGGAUAGUGCGCUCACCGCCAGCCUGAAACAUCUUCCCAGCGUUGCUCUCCAUCUUCCGCCCUCGCUCCCCCGACAUCCUCCCCCCCCCCAUGUGGGAGGGGAAACUUUUCUCCUACAUACUUUCGAGUCCCUCUCGGGCCGGGAAGCGCAGAGAUGACGGCGCCCGCCCGCCAGCCGUCGCCAGCACCGAAAGGUUACUGCGACUGUGUGCUCCAGAAGCAGUGCCUUUGAGGUGUGACACUACCUACAGUUGGGCCCAGCCAAUGUGGAGUCCUCAGUAAGGAGGGCAGUGUGGUAAGGACAACAGGUCUGACUCAAAAACAUCUAGACUCUGAGACUUCAGUGAAUUCCAUAUCUGUUUUGUCUUUGGUCAGUUUGAGUAGAGGCAUGAGUGACAAGUGAUACUAGAAGAAGUGGGGAAAACGACCAGUCGUUCCUACCACACAAUGGAUGAUAGCUGUAGCCAGGGGGAACUUUGAAGUCUGUCAUUUGGGGCAGAAAAUGGAGUUCUACGGCAGAGGCUCCUUAGAAGUGUAAACCCUUGUCCCAAUGACGUCAAGUUCGCCCGUUGGCUUGGAAGGCUCAGACCUGUCUUCCAUCAGCACCAUGAUGUCAGCAGUAAUGAACGUAGGGAACGUGGCAGAGAAUGGUGGGAGCCCACAAGGGAUCAAGUCCCCUUCAAAGCCUCCAGGACCAAAUCGGAUUGGCAGAAGGAACCAGGAAAUGAAAGAAGAGAAGUCUUCCUACAACUGCCCGCUGUGUGAGAAGAUUUGCGCCACCCAGCACCAGUUAACUAUGCACAUCCGUCAGAACAUGGACAUGGAAGAAGGUCACACAAUACAGAUACUUGCCUAUGUUCCUGACCAUGAGAGUCAGCUUCCAUUGAAACAUAUGAAGAUUCAUGAGAAGGACCCCAGCAGUGCUACCACUGCUGCCCCUCCAUCCCCUCUGAAGCGCAGGCGGCUGUCCUCCAAGAGGAAACUGAGUCACGAUGCCGAGUCAGAAAGAGAAGACCCAGCACCUUCUAAAAAGAUGGUGGACGAUGGACAGCCGGGUGGCUUGGAAAAGGCAGAUGGUGAAGUCUUUCAUUGCCCAGUGUGUUUCAAGGAGUUUGUUUGCAAGUAUGGACUGGAGACCCACAUGGACACCCAUUCAGAUAACCCACUGAGAUGUGACAUUUGUUGUGUCACCUUUCGAACACAUCGAGGACUGCUACGCCACAACGCACUUGUCCACAAACAGCUUCCCCGUGACUCAAUGGGAAGACCUUUCAUCCAGAGCAACCCUUCAAUUCCUGCUGGCUUCCAUGACCUAGGAUUCACAGAUUUCUCCUGUAGGAAGUUUCCUCGCAUUUCUCAGGCCUGGUGUGAAACAAACCUGAGAAGGUGCAUCAGUGAGCAGCACCGCUUCGUCUGUGACACCUGUGACAAAGCAUUCCCCAUGCUGUCCUCGCUUGCCCUGCACAAGCAGACCCAUGUCACUGUGGACCAGGGCCAGGAAAAGCUGCAGGCCAAUGUCCUGGCCAGUGAUGCCCUGGACCAGAAGGUCUUCCUGGCCUUACUGGGCCUGCAGCACACCAAAGAUGUGAGGCCUGCACCCACCGAGGAGCCUCUGCCAGACGACAACCAAGCAAUACAGCUGCAAGCACUUAAGUGCCCACUACCUCAGGACCCCAGCGGCACCAGCGUGCUGAGCCUUUCUCCCUACGAAGCAGCCUCCCGUGGUGGCUCUCUCACAGUGCUCCCGGCCACCAAGGAGGGCAUGAAGCAUCUGUCUCUGCAGCCCUUCCAGAAAGGCUUCAUCAUCCAGCCCGACAGCAGCAUCGUGGUCAAGCCAAUCUCCGGGGAGUCAGCUAUCGAGCUGGCUGACAUCCAGCAGAUCCUGAAAAUGGCAGCAUCCGCCCCACCACAGAUCACUCUCCCCCCGCUCUCCAAGGCCCCUGCCACCCCUCUGCAGGCAAUUUUCAAGCACAUGCCCCCUCUGAAGCCAAAGCCCCUGGUCACGCCCCGCACAGUGGUGACCACCUCCACACCCCCGCCUCUCAUCAGCGCCCAGCAGGCCUCCCCUGGCUGCAUCAGCCCCAGCCUCCCACCACCACCGCUGAAGCUGCUGAAGGGUUCAGUGGAGGCAGCCGCCACCGCCCACCUCCUGCAGUCCAGGUCCGGAGCACAGCCAAACUCAGCCCCGCAGCUAUUCCUGCAUCAGCCGCACUCAGAGCUGGCAGGCCAGCCUGAGAUGAAGACACAACUUGAACAGGACAGCAUCAUCGAAGCCCUGCUGCCACUGAGCAUGGAGGCCAAGAUUAAGCAGGAGAUCACAGAGGGUGACCUCAAGGCCAUCAUGACGGGACCCAGCAGCAAGAAGGCCCCCGCUGUGCGCAAGGUGCUCUAUCCAUGUCGCUUCUGCAACCAGGUGUUUGCCUUCUCGGGGGUCCUGCGUGCACAUGUGCGCUCCCACCUGGGUAUCUCCCCAUACCAGUGCAACAUCUGUGACUACAUCGCAGCGGACAAGGCCGCACUCAUCCGACACCUGCGCACCCAUAGCGGUGAGCGCCCCUACAUCUGCAAGAUCUGUCACUACCCCUUUACUGUCAAGGCCAACUGUGAGCGGCACCUGCGCAAGAAGCACCUCAAAGCCACACGCAAGGACAUUGAGAAGAACAUUGAGUAUGUGAGCAGCAGUGCGGCUGAGCUGGUGGAUGCCUUCUGUGCUCCCGACACGGUGUGCCGGCUGUGUGGCGAGGACCUGAAGCACUACCGUGCCCUGCGCAUCCAUAUGCGCACACACUGUGGCCGCGGCCUGAGCGGCUGCCACAAAACACGCAAACCCUUUGAGUGCAAGGAGUGCAAUGCCACCUUCACUGCCAAACGCAACUGCAUCCACCACAUCCUCAAGCAGCACUUGCAUGUGCCUGAGCAGGACAUCGAGAGCUAUGUGCUAGCCACCAGUGGCCCAGGCAGCGCUGAGGCCAGCGAGACCUCAGGGAGGGUGGAAGAGGGUGGCUGCGUGGCCUUUAGCGACUGUAAGCCCCUCCCCGCCUUUCUGGAGCCCCACAAUGGCUUUCUUCAUGGGGCCUCCACCCAGCCGCCCCCUCCACAUGUUGCUGUCAAGUUGGAGCCAGCCAGCAGCUUUGCUGUGGACUUCAGUGAGCCCCUGGAUUUUUCACAGAAGGGCCUGGCACUGGUGCAGGUGAAGCAGGAAAAUGUGUCCUUCCUGAGCUCUUCCUCCUUGACACCCUAUGACUGCUCCAUGGAGCCUAUCGACCUGUCCAUCCCCAAGAACCGCAGGAAAGGAGACAAGGAUGCAGCUGUUCCAGGGGAAGCCGAGAAGCUGGAGCCAGAGGGGGGCAGCGCUGAGCAGCCAGCCUCCUGUCCAGCACCCUGCUCCACCCUGCCACCAACUGAAAGCCCCACUGCUACUGUGGUGGCGGCCACCACGGCAGCCCCCCUGGACUCCCACACCCAGCCCCACCAGGGCUCCGUGCAGCUGGCUGUGCCUAUCUACUCCUCAGCUCUUGUCAGCAGCCCAGCCCUCUUGGGCAGCCCUGCCCUUCUGGGCAGCCCCGCCCUGCUGCGGCCCCUGCGACCCAAGCCUCCCCUUCUCUUGCCAAAGCCGCCAGUGACUGAAGAGUUGCCCCCCCUGGCCUCUAUCGCCCAGAUCAUCUCCUCUGUGUCCUCGGCUCCCACCUUGCUGAAAACCACCAAAGCAGCCAACCCUGGGCCCUUGGAUACCAGCAGCAGCACAGCCCCCAUAGACAGCUUGGGAGGUGUCAUCCCCAGAGCUGCUGCCACACCCCCUGAUGCCACCAGCCCACAGGAGCCCAGCGACAUCCCCCCAGAGGCCAGCAGCCCAGAGGCAGCCUCCUCCACUGAGCAGGGCCUGGCCAGCUCCUCCAAGAAGAGGGGUCGCAAGAAGGGGGUGAGGAACCGGGCCUGCACCCAUAAUGGUGGGGUGGAUCUGGACUCCAGCGGGGAGUUUGCCAGCAUCGAGAAGAUGCUGGCCACCACAGACACCAACAAGUUCAGCCCUUUUCUGCAGACUGCAGAGGAUGACGCUCAGGAGGAGGUGGCUGGAGGCCCUGCUGACCCCAGCGGACCCAGUGACGAGGAGCAGGGUGGGCCGCCUGAGGACAAGCUGCUGAGAGCAAGGCGGAACUCCUAUGCCAACUGCCUACAGAAGAUCAGCUGUCCCCACUGUCCCCGGGUCUUCCCUUGGGCCAGCUCCCUGCAGAGGCACAUGCUCACACACACUGGUCAGAAACCUUUCCCUUGUCAAAAAUGCGAUGCCUUCUUUUCUACCAAAUCUAACUGUGAACGCCAUCAGUUGCGCAAACACGGAGUUACCACCUGCUCCCUGAGAAGAAACGGGCUUAUCCCCCCCACAGAGAGUGAUGGACCCCAUGAUAGCACAGACAGCCAGUCGGAUCCAGAGAUGCCGGCCACAGCUACUGAGGUGCUGGACCUCACGGCACCGGACCGGGACCGAGAGCAGCCACCGACAGAGGGCGCUGUAGAGCAGGACCCAGCCCCAGAGGAACCGCCUGAGGCCCAGGCUGGGGCUAUCUCCCCUGUGCCUAAGGAGGAGGAAGAGGAGGAGGAGGAGGAGGAGGAGGAGGAGGAGGAGGCGGUAGCACCCGAGGAGAAAAGGGAGCCUGGGGAAGAGUGUGCCGAGGAGAGCACCGGGGACGCUGACGGCCCAGAGGAAGACGCAGCCAGCAACAAGAGCCUGGACCUGGACUUCGCCAGCAAGCUGAUGGACUUCAAGCUAGCCGAGGGCGAGGCGGGCACCGCGGGUGGCCAGGGCGUGGCCGCGCAGGACCAGAAGCACACCUGUGCCACCUGUGGGAAGAGCUUCAAGUUCCCGGGCACGCUGAGCCGCCACCGCAAGGCGCAUGGCCACCAGGAGACUCGGGAGCAGAAGCAGGUGCCUCCGCCGGAGGACGACUGCCCAGCACCCACCCCCGAGUGCGUGGAGAAGCCUGCGGAGUCCAUGGCCGGGGACCAAGUGCGGGGGGCUGGGGAGGCCUCAGAGCAGAAGCAGCAGGAGGAGACAGAGGGCCCCUCUGACGGGGAGGGCGCCAUGGAGCAGAAAUCCGUGGAGAAAAGUGACGAAGACAAGCCAAAGACCGAUAUCCCAAGGGGCGUGGCCAGCAAGGCGGACAAGAGGAAGAAGGUCUGCAGUGUGUGCAACAAGCGCUUCUGGUCCCUGCAGGACCUCACGCGGCACAUGAGGUCCCACACAGGGGAAAGGCCAUACAAAUGCCAGACCUGUGAGCGGACCUUCACCUUGAAGCACAGCCUGGUUCGCCACCAGCGCAUCCACCAGAAAGCCAGGCAUGGGAAGCACCAUGGCAAGGACAGCGACAAGGAUGAGCGGGUUGAGGAGGACAGCGAGGGCGAGUCCACCCACAGUGGCAACAAUGCAGCAUCAGAGAACGAAGCCGAGGCGGCUCCCAGCACUAGCAGCCUUGUGGCUGUCACACGGAGCCGGAAGGAGGGCUUGGCCAAUACCGGGAAGGAUUGUGGCCACUGGGAGGAAAAGGCCGGGCCUGUGGCAGAGCCAGGCCGGAGUGGCCCUAGGGAGCCAGCAUCUCCCAGGGACCCAAGCCCGGAGAGCCCCACGGCGCUCGUGCAGGACCUGCUGGAGCUAUGUGGCAAGCGGCCAGCACAUCCCCUCCUGGCCAGUGACAGCGCCUCACAGCUCCUGGGGAUGGAGUGACCGCUGCUCCCUCCCCUCUGUCAGCACACAUCCAGCAGAGCACCCACUCUAUGCUCCUGAUGAGCCCCUGCGGUCUUCUGGCUGCUAGGGAGCAGAGCGGGGCAGGAGAGACAGCAGUGAGUGGCCGCAGCUGUGCCAUUGCCGAGUGCACGUGAGGCCAGCCCGGCCGGUGCCAGUGCCUUAACUACUUGUGGAUCCUCCGUCACCGUCACAUGACGUGGGCGUGCAUUCUCCCAGGGCAGCUUCUUAGCAGAGCAGAGGUUUAAUGAAUCGUGUGGGGAGGGCCUCUUCACCUGAGCAUUAAUGUUACCUUGUGUGUUGGUGUGUGUGAGCUUGUUCUCAUGAAUCUGUGAUCGAACCGUUUGUUCUGUGAGCUGGAAACAGAAGGAAAAGAACAAGUGGCGUUGGAUCCCAAUAGCCAAUAACUGGAAGAAAACCAUGUGAAUUUCCUGUCGUGACCAGAGCGGAAGUGGACACCAUGCAGGUUUCCCAGACCGACCUUUUCGCUUUGUGCGUUGCGCGGAGGAGCUCUGCGCCAGUCCUUGGCAUCACUGGAGUGGUCGAUGGAGGCUGCGACGCUACUCAGGCCAAAGCCAAGAAGGGUUUGCAGCUGCAGCCUCGUGUGUGUUUCCAGUCUUCCCUGUUCACGAUGCCACUGCCCGUGUUUCCAGACCUGAGUUCCCAGUCUACAGAGAAGCGCUUCCCAGCGCCUUAACUGACGGAAGCCACGCCUGGGCGUUAGCUGGUCAACCCCCUUCCCGCUUGGUGUAUGUUAUUAAUAUUAAUAUUAUUGUUAUUAUUAUUAUUUUUAGUUCUCCAGUUGGCUGGGCUCUGCAGUCAGCAGAAACAUGUGGGCAAUAUUUGUCCUGGGAGACCUGUGCCACCCCCGCUGGUCCCCGAGUGCGUGUGCCUGAAGCUCUCCCGGCACACACACUGCGGUGACAGCUCUUCUACUGUACCCAACGCCCUCCCCCAGGCCGUUGCUCCCCGUUGUCCCGGGACGGCCAAGGCGAGGCGGGAAGGGCGCCUUCUCACAGUGUAGUCGUGCCGGCGCCCCACCAGGCCUCGCCCCAGCCUGUGCUACUGUCCUUUCAAAAGCAAGGAAAACUACUACUGGUGAUAGAACUGCUCGGGCCAGGCUGAAGUGAGAGGUGACAGUCCCUUCCUGUGACGGUGGUGCUUGAAGACAGACACAUUGCUGUUGCCGCCCCAAGCCGCAUGCCUAAAGGCAAGGCUCCUUUCUUUGGUGCGCAUCCUGCAAGAAGAAUAACGGCCCUUGCUGUGGCGGCCACCGCGGUGACACACUGUGGCAGGCCCAGCUAGCGGGGCUCCCUGUGCCCCAGCCAGCCCGCGGGUGCCCCAGCCUUUGAGCCUGCCUGGGAGGAGCCCCUGUCCCGCCCUCGCCCCGCCCUUCCCCCUUGGGGCGGCUAAAUCGUGGCCACCCUGACACAGCAGGAAGGUGACCUUGAGAUGAUAAGGUGUCUUUGCAGAUGAAAAGAGGUUGAGGUGAACGUGAGGCUUAACUGUCUUCGGGGUGUGUGAACCAGUUUGAAAAUGAGGUUUUAUUUACUGUAGGUGAAUGCACAUCAGAACCAGUGACCCCUUGGUGUCUUCUAAGUUCAAACCAGUUCAUGCAUCCCCAAGUUUUUUAUUGUUACUACAGUUGCUGUUGUUGUUAUUUUCGUUAUUAUUAUUUGGGGUUACUUGUGUUUCAUUUUUCUUCGCAAGUCUCCACACUAAACUCGCGAUAUUGUGGGGAGAAGCCAGGAGUGAACUCAACACUGCGGCAAGAUGUAGCAGGGGUCGGCGCCCUGCGCCUGUGCAGCUGGGGCAGCCGCUCACAAGAAUCACUAUUGAUUUAAAGCUUUACUUAGCCUGGAUCUGUACCGUGUAGUCAGUGAGGUCUUGCCACAUCUUAUUAGUGAGAUUGAGAAAUGUAUUCUUUGUUUGUGUCCACCCCUCCCCCAAUAUCAAACUGUGAAAUUUGUGAUUUGUUUAAACGCUGGGUGAAUCAUAGCUUAGUCUGCAUGUCCAGCUAAUUUGUUUCUAUACAUUUUGUUUGAUUCUCUUUCUCCUUUUCUCAGGGCUUUUACAAAUAUAUAUAUAUAAAUAUAUAUAUAUAUGGAUCUUCUAAAAAGUUUUUUGAGGUGCAAGUUGUUUUCUCUUUUGUUUUUUCUCUUUGAUCAAUGGACACAGUGCUGAGACUCAAUCACUACAUGAAAUGCCUGGCUGUGAGGACAGAACAAACGCCCAGGGCGCUGCUUGCACUCAGCUCCCGGAAGCUCCGA